AUGGCUCUUCUGGUCUCACUUCUUGGAGGGAAUCAGGCCAUGACUUGGAUCCUGCUUCUGCUGCUGUCAGCUGCAUGUCUGCAAGCUGGUCACUCACCAGGAUCCAAGAAAAAAAGUACCUUUGGAGUCAACCAAUCAGCAAACCUCUCUGGUGUCCAAGGCGGCUCCAUCGAGAUCCCCUUCUCCUUCUCCUUCCCCUGGGAGAUGGCACAGAAUCCACAGAUGAGGAUUCUCUGGAAAUGGCAACACCUCCUUGGUGAAUUUAUCUACAACUCCUCCUCAGGUUACACACAUGAGCAUUUCAAGAACCGGCUCAUCCUGAACUGGACACAGCCUCAGACAUCUGGAGUCCUGAGAAUCCUGAACUUGAAGGAGAAGGACCAGACAAAGUACUUCUGCCAAGUUCAACUGAACACAACAGAAGGCAUGAAGGGUUUGCAGUCAAUUGAAGGGACCCAGCUGACCGUCACACAUGCCAUCAGCACCACCAUGCAGAGCCCCUCCAUCGUCACCUCUACAGUCACCACAGCUGGCCUGGAGGACACAGAGGACCUGAGGAAUCCUGCACUUGUGAACCUGGGAGCCACGGUCGGGGUGGUGGUGGCCACGGCUGUGCUCAUAACCCCCGUCUAUGUGUUGAUGGUCUUCCUCUGGUGGAAGCAAAGACUGAAUCUGCAGGGUGGCAGCAGCCUGCACUCACAGGGAAAGCUAGAGAGCCAGUUUCCAGGGAGACAAAAGGGAGGCUUGGCCAGCAGACUAAAGAUGAACCCCAGCCAGGGGAAAGCCUGUCAUCCCAAGGAGCAGGAUGACAUCAUCAUCUUCAUCUCCCUCAUGUGCUGCCAACCUCAGCAUGAGCACUUUCUGUACCCCUGCCUAGGGGACCCCAAGAAGAGACUCUAUAGUGUCCUAAAGGCCCAGUGA